GCUGUACCAACACAGUGUCUUUCUUGCGGGCCUGGAUUUGAUGCAGCUAAUUGCGUGAUCCGUUUUCAAGAAGAAGACCAAACUUGCGCAAACAGUGAAGAAUCCCUUGGUACAACUCACUGUGGUACCGCGGCAAUAAAAUUUGUAGGCUAUGGAACUAACGUCACCUGGACUGGCAUAUUCCGAGGAUGUUUUGAUUGCUCCGGUAAGUUUUGCCUGAUAGUACUCCUAAUGUAACAAAUGAACAUUAACUGCAAAGGACCGCAAAUUAACGCGAAUACGCCGCAGAAUGUAGGAUCGAUAAAAGAAGACCUGAUCAGAAAAAAAUAUUAAUGCCAAGAGGCCAAACUGAAAUCUGCAAUACUCCUAAUACCUUUCAAAAUUUGGUUGUUGCUCAGAAUUUGGUUGUUACCAGCUACGACUGAACGGGCCGCCGGAAAUGGUACCAAUCGUUUACAAACGGCUCUGUGAACGCUGAAACCUAUAUAGGUAAAAACAGUUGUCAGUCUGAACUAUUUACAGGGGCGGAUCCAGGAUUUUUUUAGGAGGGGUGCACUCGUCUCUUGCUCUACUUCAACACCAAUAAACCCCAUAGUUUUUUUUUUUAGCAGAAUACCAGUUGUAUUAGAAAACCGCAGAUCAUCUCAGGGAGGCGGGGGGUGAGCACCCCCUGCACCCUCCUCCUAGAUCCGCCCCUGAUUUAGAUCUUGCCUCUGCUACCUGAGUGCCUCACACCACUUUUGCGCCAUUUUUCAACACUCCCUUAACAUCGUCUGAUCAGUCCUAUAACGCCUUUGUCAGUUGACGAUUGACAAAAUAAGGAAUUGACGUUACAAGUUACGAAAACCGCGAGUUGAUAACCUGAACCUGCAUGCUAAAAACAGCCUAAUUCUUAGCUUUUUUAGCACUUUUUUUUUUUUGCUUACAGGAGAGAGCGCGCGGUGGACUGGAUCCAUUUUUAUGGUUGUUUUUACCUCUAUACUCCUAUUUUUUCAAAGGCAAAAUUUCUCAAAAUCCUGGGUUUUAAAAAAUCGGAAAUAUGUCAACGGAAACAUAACGAAAACAAGAAAGAACAGAAAUGUAACAACUGAAAUGGGAACAUGAUGGAAACGUUCCCGUACAUAGAAAAGUAGCUAGAUAGCCAUGUUUCCGCAGGACGGAAACGUGACGGAUAUAAGCAACUCUAUGUUUCCGUCGAGUUUACAAAAUACGGAAACAAGUCAUUUCGUCUUAUAUAUGUUGCAAUUUCUAUAUCAUACAAUCAACUAUUCACCAAGUUUAAAGAGGCUAUGUCACGCUAGUUGCUGCCUUCUUCAAAAGCUGCAAUUUUUUCCGCAUGAAUUGAAUUGAAUUCCAAGAAUAAUGGUCCAGACCAGGCUUGUUCCCAGUCGUCCUCGGUGAUUUCGGAUGUGACGUCACCUGUUCCGAGCUUCGUCUGGUAACUCGGAUAGCGCGAACUGACCUGUGUACGAGGCUGGGUCCAGACUAUAUUUAGAGAUUGAAUCAAAACUGUUGCCCGCCUUCUGUUGCAACAGAUGGUAAGGAUGGAAAUGGAUUGAUACUCAAAAAAGAUGGGCCAACUUCUUCAAGUUUUAAUGCCAUGCUUGCAAAAAUCACAAAAAAGUACUAUGGUUAGUGCUCCCUCAUGAAAUGUGUUUCAUAUCUUCUUCAUAACUCGAUCUACAGGGGAAUUUUGUGAACGGGUUAUAAAAAGGCACAAAGUAAUGACUUCAGCCCAGAAUUGACCUAGAACUGCAGCAAUAUCCUCGUGACAUAGUCCCUUUAAAGAAACAUUCAAUGAAGCACCUCCAGGACCGCUUUAACUUUUUAGAAAAUUACAGUGGUGUUUCUAAAUCAGUUCCCAUUGAGUUGGAUUUCUUAACUCUGUGAAAAGUUAACUCAGCUGGCCACAGUGGAAAGCUGCUUAUAUUAUUCAUUAUUUCUAUUUAAGAAGUAAGUUCUAUUGAUUUAUCAUUGGUCUAUUUGUUCUAAACCAAAACUUCUCCCCGUUACAGAUAAGACGGCGGCGUGUUUUGCCAUUGGAGGCUUUUUAAGACCACGAGGUCUCACCGUGCUGCAAUGUGAGAUUGAAUGCUGCUCCUCAAGCAAAUGCAACACUCAAUUCCCGUCUUUGUCGCUAAAUGCAGUAACUGUGUUUUCCCCUAACGGUAAUAAACUUUUUAUUUUUAAAUGUUCCCUAUAGAAUUGACGAUGUGCUCGAAACUGGACUGAAGGUCAUUAUUAAUAAUGGCUUCAUCAGCCGGAUUCUACUACAUAUAUCUUUGUGGAUUAUAACUAUUAAUGCCGAGUCUCCAACAAAAAGUAGUAGCUGAUGAGGGCUUCAGAAUUAACCUUGUGCGGUGUCAGUGAAUUUCUUUAUUCAUGGAAUAAGAAAUGAGCAAAUGGUAGUAAAAUAAUUCCAUUCGCCAUUUGCACUGAUCUCCUAUAACAAACCUAGUUUGCCCCCCAUACUUUUGAAUGACUUUGGUUGUUUAUUUCUUCUGGGUAUUACAGUCAUCCCAAGAGAAAUUGAGGACAAUGCUUAUGAAUUUUUUUGGGGGGAGUGGGGGCGGAGAGGGGGGAGAAGGGGGGAAAGGCAAUCAAGGUGUAUUAUGGGAGAUUGGCAAAUGGCACAUUUUAGCACUUUUUUGUCCCUUUAAGGACCUAGGGAUCUUAGACCAACUCAUUCUGUUAGUUCUAUUGUUAAACCGUCGCCCUGCUAGCGGAUCCUUUCUUUCACUUGUUCAGUUUUGGCGUACUCGAGAAAGACUUUGUUUGAAUCGAGUAAGACCUUUGUUGGGAAUAUGCUGCAUGCGCUGCUUGUUGCUGGAAUACAUUUUCGACCCCAGGCCUGAUAGCCGUGCGCCUGGUACAGCGGACCCAGUUAUGACCUUUGGUUAUCAAUAAAAGGAUGCUCGCAAUUGAAAAAAACAGUUUGACUAGAUAAAACAAGAUUGACCAGUUUAGAAGUUUUGGCUGCGACGACUUCAAAGACUUGACGCGAUUCAGGUAUGCCCAGGCAGGUUGGCGCAGAGUGUAACACACAAAUACUCCAAAAGUUAAGUCACUCUUUGCAAGAAAAAAUUCAAUGAAUUCUCUUUAAAUCAGUUCCUUAACGCGUUGCAAAGAAACGAAAAUAUCUCUUCCAAAACCUGACCGCAGCCUAUUCUACGAACCUCUUCUUCUAGACAUGUAAAAAUUCAGCCUUGAGAGACACCAACUCACCUCUUUCACUUGUAUCUUUUUUUUUCUAUUGUAAGUCAUGUGAUGUUCUUACGGGAAUUUCUUUUUUGUCUUUAUGCGUAGAAAUUAAAACAGGCCAGGAAUGCUACACAGCCGUUUUUAGUGUCGUCACGCAACGCUCCUCCCCAGUUCCUCCCCGGGGAGGAGCGUUCGCGUGACGACACUAAAAACGGCUGUGUAGCAGACUAGGAAAACAACAACAACAACAAAAUAGUUUCAUAGAAAAUCAGUAUUUUUUAGAGUAACGUGGCAUGACCUUUAUGGGGACAACGGAAAACGCAAGCUAAAAUGGUCUAUUUGGAUCGUGCGUUAAAAAGAAUAAUGUUACGCAUUGACAAUGUACAAUGGAGGUUCACAAUGCUGACUUUUUACAAUCUUUGGGCAAGAAUUUCUUACCGUGGGAUCAGAUAGACUAUGAAGGUUCAGAGAAUGGUUAAAAAUAAUAGCAUUACUGGAGUGAAUUAGUCCUUUCAAUUGUUUCAGGGUUGUUAGUACAUUCAAAAUUCGACUCAAACAGCAAAAAUGCCUCAACCAGGCCGCUCAUGGUGCUCAUAGAUAUUGAUUACUUGGCAUGUGACGAAAUAAAAAAAAAUGACUAACUAACUAAAUCAAUCAAUCAAUCAAUCAAUAAAUCUACAAUACUGACCAUGUGAUAAGGCAAGAUCUUUAAUAUAUGAUUCCUUUUCUCUGUGACAGUUUCCGGUGGUACAAAACAAUGUCAGGGUUGUCUCGGAGGUAGCCCCUAUCAGUGCAGUUAUCUUAAAAGACCCCAGAUAUGUGCAACAGAUUUUAAUUCGUUAGGAACAACUCACUGUGGGUCAGCUAUAAUUAAAUAUCGCGAGCAGCGUAGUGGCAGGAUAUCUCAAAGCGUCUUACGAGGAUGCAUUAACUGUGCAGGUUGGUGGAAUUUUUUUUUAAAAUCAAUUUCAUCAGAAUAUUUGACACGCCAUAGAUUUAAGAAAAAGGCCCUAAGAAUACAUCUUUACUUAUCUCAGCAAAAACCCUAGGCGGAAAAGCACAACCUCUUAGCUAAAAAUUAAAUAUUAAUUAAUGCUUUUUAAAAUUAUCCCUUUUGUAACUUUAAUUAACAGACCCGACCUUAACUAAUUUAAAACACAGUUCAGGUUAGUCUCCAGAGAAAGUAAGGAAGUGGGAAUGGGGGUGUGGGGGCGUGGGUGUGUGAAUUUUCUUUUGCUUCUCAGAGUUAAAUUGUUAAUGUAGGGUCUCAUUUAGCCGGGUGGCAUACUUGUCGCAUACUUGGUCAAUCGUAGUGCCUAGGGCGGUUGUUAGGCAUGCAAUAAGUAAUUUCUGGGUUGCCCCAAGCCUCUGUCUCAAAGCGAGGCUAAGUGUGACUCCAUUGAUAUGAAAAUGAUUUCUUAUUCUCAUGCAAAAAACUCAUUUUCACAAGAAAGGUUUUACACUUAGCCUCGUUUCGAAACCCGGAGUUUUUGGAACUAGAAAAUGACUUAUUAAGUAAGCUUUCCGGCAACUGCAUGUAUUAAUUUAAUUCCGUGAUGAUUCUUACAGAUAAAAAAAUAGCUUGUGCAGCAAUUCGCGGCGGUAUUAAAACACAGUUGGGAACUUUGCUGGAAUGUGAAAUUGAGUGUUGCACUGGUGACAAUUGCAAUGAAGGUAAUAAUAUGAAAAUAAAUUCAUUUGUUAUAUACCCCACUUGCACAUCUGCCACAACGCACCUUUUUUGUUCCCUCAAUGGUUACUUCGAGGUCAAAUGAACAAUGAACCUGCUUCCCUCCAAAAUCUCUGAGUGGGCAAUGUUGCAAAACUGCUGUAAAUGCACUGAAUAAACUACUAAAACAAAACUUGUUUUCGACUUUUUCACGGCCAUAAAGACAUUUGGGCUUUUUACGGACUGAAAUGACAGAUUGUCCUACCCUUUCAUAUUUCUGAAGCCUGAAAAAGGUACUUGUUUCGAGCGAGGCCUCCCCGUAUAGGCCAUUAUAGGUAGUAUCUCUCUCUAGGGAUGAAGUCAGUGGUGAUCGGACAUGAAAAGGUUGUUGAAUCUAUACUCAGACGUGUAAAGGGGUAUAUAUGGGGUCAGGUAUGCCGCAAAUAAUUCAGAGACUGGCACCCCAUCCAAAAGAGAGUAGUGACAAGUUUUUAUUCUAGGAGUGACUGAACGGUCUAAUUUAAUGCGAAGUCACCUUUGUUUCUAAAGUCCCUCUCAACGAUUUUCUGAUAAUUAUAAAAAGUCAAACUCGUUAAAAAUUCAUGAUAAGGCGCGCCAGGAGUCUGCACCGAGAAGAAAGUUCGAUCAUAAAAAGUUCCCAGAUUUUGAAGCGAUGGCUUUAACUUAACUUAAGUUAUUAAUCAGUCUAAGUUGAAAUUAUUUUUUCAACUUGCUUCUGUGUGUCGGAAGUCUAGUAUAUCAGAUGAAACACUCCUUCUAGAGUUUAAUAUAAACCUUACCUGAUUGUUUUACACAGAUACGAUAGAUACUGGUCCAGGACAGUGUAUCAAGUGUGCUAAUAGCCAGUUUGGUCCAUUGAGAACAUGUGGCUCUUCAGUGCAAUGGAACCAAAUCUGUUUAAUUGAUCCCAGUUCAUUAGGUGCAUCUCAUUGUGGUUCGGCGGCAAUAAAAUACCUUGACUUUUCCGAUGAGACCAUCAAGACCGAUGUAAUUCGUGGAUGUUUUAACUGCUCGGGUAGAUAACAUUUAUUGUAUUGCUUUAACAGUGACUUCUAACUUUUAAUAUUUUAUAUUUUAUUUGCCACCAGGGAGGUCAGUAAGACAAGAAACUGUAGGUCUUGAAUAAAUUGUGCUUUAAUAUUUUUUUUUCCCGUAUAUAUGUAUCACUGAUGAAUGGCACGCUUGGUUUUGUUUAUUUCUAGUUUUUACCUCAGUGGCACGUAACAAUGUACCAAACGAAAAAGACGAAAAACCCGAAUUCAUUUGCUGACUAACUGAUUAAUUAAGGAGGGCGUCAUUGGCCUUGGCGGAUAACACCCUCCCGGUUUUGAAACAUUUUGCAUAUCAUACUCACCCUCAUUGAACAGUUGUUAAAUAUAUUGAAUAAUAGAGAGCCAAAACGACUGCUUAGAACACCAAGAUCACAGAGUAUGUAUAUGUACACUCAAUUUCAGUUACCUUUGAUCCGGCUGUAUUCUUUGAUUUUAUAGGCACUACGAUGUUCACGGUCUGAACCCUCUUUUCUUCAUUUUAGAUAAAAAAGCAGCUUGCCUUACUCUUGGUGGUUACCUAAAAACUUUCCGUGUAACAUUGCUUGAGUGCGAGAUUGAGUGUUGUGAUAGCAGUAACUGUAACACGCAGAAGUUAAGUUUGACACAGGACGCAGUGAGAGUGUUCCCACCAGGUAACAAAUAUUAA